GUCACGCGCCAGGCCCCGCCUCCUCCUCCUUCCUCUCCCACUUCCGGUGGAGCGUGGUGUCGGCGGCUGCCAGGCGAGAUGCGUCGGGCCUUGGCUGCGGGCGCCCUCCUCCUCCUGCUGCUCCCCUUCUCCUUCUUCCUGCCGGGGGUCUCAGCGCCUCCUUCGGGGGGCGGCGGCGGCCCGGCCUUCCUGCUCCCGCUCCCGCUCUUGCUGGUCCUCCUGGUGGCGUGCCGGAGCCCCCCUCGCCUCCUCGGCCUCGCCGUCGCCCCCCGCUCCGUGGGUGAGAAGGCCGUGCUGGUCACCGGCUGCGACAAAGGCUUUGGCCAUGCCUUGGCCCGGCACCUCCAUGCCAAGGGCUUCACUGUCUUUGCUGGCUGCUUGCUCAAGGACCGAGGCGGGGAGGGUGCCAGGGAGCUGGCCAGCCUGGGGUCCGAGCGCCUGUGUGUCCUCCAGCUGGACGUGUGCCGCCAGGAGGAGGUGGAUCGUGCCCUGAGAUUUGUGAGGGAAAACCUGAAGGACUCUGGCCAAGGUGAGUCCCCACCUGUGAAUGGAGGCCCAUCCCAGGACCAGGCCUCUCUCUGCCCCCCCCCCCCAUCCAAUGGCUGCAGAGCCAGGGCCCCCCACCCAUAGCUCCUCCUCCCAUUGCCCCAGGAGAGCCCACCUGGCCAGACUGAGGUUGCACCUCUGAGGCUGAGGCAAAGGGCAAGUGGUGCCCCAAAGGUGGGGAGGAUGUCUGGUCCCUGGCAGAGGAGGGGGCACCUUUGAACCCCCUCCCCACCACUGGGCUGCCAAUGUGGGCUGAGAGACAGACCCAGGGAGGACAAGGGCAACUUAGCUUUGCCAGGGCACUCCAGUGGGCAGAGCCAUGGGCUGCCGGGAGACAUGCUGUAUGGGCCUGCACCGGGACUGCUGCCGGGAGAGCUCCCAUCCUCCCCUGGAGGGAUGAGACUGGAUGGGAGGAGGGGGGCAGGGCAGAGCAGGGCAUGACCUAACCGCCAGGCCAGAGCUGAGGGCAGCAAAGAGGCUGCAGUGGUGGUGGUAGUGACCCUACCUGGGCCAAAGGGACCUUGAAACGGCGGUACAUGCUCUGAUAACCUCUCAUUUGAAUUUCUGUAAUGCGCUCAGCA